UAGUAUUAUAGUGAUCCGGAUGCUAACGGAAUGAGGGCAGCUAGUGACCAAUGAGCUGCUGUCGUUUGUUAUUGUGCUGAAGAGGCGCUCGCUCGGUGCUGGAGCGAGUGAACAACGGGACCGCAUAUGUAAUUAUUUUAUUUAUUAGCGUCUUAAUCUUGAGCCUAAUUUCGCUAUGCCGUAUGCCAACCAGCCCACAGUGAAAAUCACAGAGCUGACGGACGAGAAUGUGAAGUUUGUGAUCGAGAACACGGAUCUCGCAGGAUUCAGAAGAGCUUCAUGUGUGUGGGGCUGUGCGUGUAGAGAACAGCGCGCAAACAUCCUGUUGGUGAAGCUGCGGAAGGGUCAGGAGCUGCGUCUCAGAGCAUACGCUAAAAAGGGUUUCGGCAAGGAGCACGCCAAAUGGAAUCCCACUGCAGGGGUGGCGUUUGAGUACGACCCAGACAAUGCGCUGAGACACACGGUGUACCCAAUUCCACAGGAAUGGCCUAAAAGUGAAUAUUCAGAAAUUGAAGAGGAUGGAGUUCAAGCUCCAUAUGAUCCUAAUGGCAAGCCAGAAAGGUUCUAUUACAACGUGGAGUCCUGUGGUUCACUUCGGCCGGAGACCAUCGUCAUGUCGGCUUUCGCUGUACUUAAGAAGAAACUGAGUGAUCUGCAGACACAGCUCAGCCAUGAAAUUCAAAGCGAUGUGCUCACCAUUAACUGAUGUUAAAAUACUGCUUAUUUUGGAUCACGCUUUUGGGGAAAUAUAUUUUUUCAGCUGUUAUGUUUCUUUGCAUGAAACCAUGUUAUGUUGGAGAAUUCUAUGAAUAAUAAACACGUAAAAAUAUUGUUGUUUCAUUACAGGAGUUGCACAAUG